AUGGCAGUCGCUGUUCAAGAUAUCGUUCAUGCAUUUUUGCAAGCCUACUACCAAAGAAUGAGAAAAGAUCCAUCAAAGGUUUCUUGUCUAUACUCGCCUACCGCAGAGUUGACACAUAUUAAUUACCAAGUUGACUUCGACUGCACUGCUGAUAGCUUAUCAACGAUAAAGCUUACUGGUAAGGAGAAUAUCAGUAGAUUUUUUACGAGAAACAAUAAGAAAGUUAGCGACCUUAAAGCCAAGGUUGACACAUGCGAUUUUCAAACUGCGGGCAUUUCACAUUCAAGCAUACUAAUCUUGACGACUGGCGAGAUGUAUUGGUCGGGUACUCCUGCAUACAGAUUCUGCCAAACUAUUAUACUUCAGCCUAACGCCGAUAACAAGGACGCAUUCGAUGUCACUAAUGAUGUGAUUCGUUUUAUUCCUGAUAACUUGAAACCCCAUGUGUUGAAACCUAGUAAAGGUUUGAAAGAGAAUGGAAAGGAGCCAGAGCAAUUUGUGACGAACGGGGGACUCAAGGAGCAGAAGGCUGAAAAUAAAGAGGCCAAGCUUGAACAUAAAACCAAAGUUGAAGAGUCUGCGAUCAAUGAAAAACCAAAAGCGCCUGAAUCUUCGCCAGCAGACGAAGUCCCAAUCAAUGUGCCAGAAGUAGUAGAAGAUAUGGAUAGUAAGGAGAUCAAGAGUAUAGAAGUGAGAAAAACCGAUACGAGCGAUGAGACGGAGAAGCCAGUAGAAAUUGAAAGCGAAGAACAGAUAGCCGCACAUGACAGUAAAGCAGAUAGCCCAGAACCUGACGAGGAGAGUAAGCCAGCGGCACCACCCGUACGGAUGAGUUGGGCAUCGAAACUUGCAGCCAGCAGUGAUACUUUCAAGACAACUACAUCUGUAGCGAAUAAUGAAUCGCCAAAGACUGAAUCUACUCAGCCUACAAGUAACAAAAAAAUACAUGAGACAAAGCACGAUAUCCAAACAACUCAGAAGGAUAGCAAUAAUGCCAGAGCGACAAAGAAGAAGCCGCAGUUUAGCACAGUCAACAAAGAUGGGUUUUACCCUAUAUACAUUAAAGGAACAGCAGGUAUCAAAGAAGAGAAACUGAGAAGUGCACUAGAAACAGAGUUUGGUACCAUCAUGAAGAUGACUACUGCUGAUAGUUUUGCCGUGGUAGAUUUUGAGUCACAAAAGAGUCAAAUGGAUGCUCUAGAGAAAAAACAAUUGACUGUGGGAGAUACAGAAGUUUACCUAGGUCGUAAGACUGUAAAAAAGAGCUCAUCUACACCACCAGUUGGAUCAUCCGGCAGUAUACGCUCGCACAAGAAACAUUCCAACAAGAAGAGGGACUGA